AUUUAUAAUCGAACACUUAUUUGAAAACAAAGGAAAUCUCAUGCAUGAGAUAAUCCGCAUUUCACAUACAUCAUCAAUGAAUCUCGACUUCCUUUUCCCAUCAUUUUACAGGCUAUCAUAAUCUCCAAAACACAAAAACAAACUUUUCUUCUUCCCAUUUUGCCCCUCAAAACUUCACUCUAAAAAAAAACAACAAAAAAAACCAUUUCCUUCCCUAGUAAACAACAAAUGAAAGCAUUCAAUCCCACAUGACAUAGCCAUCUCCAAACACAACAAUCAAUUCAACAAAAAAAAAAAAAAAUGAAAUCCAUAAGCGGAUUAGGCCUUGGAUUAUGCGUCGUCUUCGGCAGCCUCCUCCUAGCCCUAAUUGCAGAGCUCUACUACCUCCUAUGGUGGAAGAAGAAGAAGAUCAUCACCACCACCGCCGCCGCCACCACCAUCAACGAAGCUCAAAUCCAAAUCCCACGAAAAAGAUCGAAUUUUUCAUACAUUCUCCACUUCUGCCAAAGACCCUCUUCCUCCUCGCUGAGAUCCGCCGCUCACGAGCUCUGCAACUCCCCAACUCUAGUCCACGAGCCCCAAUCCUCAAAUUCGAGCAGCAAAGAUCUCUGGCUGCGGAAGCCAUUUGCAGAAGAAAACAUGGGAAAUUUCCCGAGAUUCCUCUUCACGAUCACGGAGGAAACGAGGGAGGAUUUGGAAUCCGAAGAUGGGGUUUUCAAGAAGGCGAGCAGAAGCAAUUUGAGCGAUUUGCUGCAGAUUUUGGAGACGCCGUUUCUGACGCCGAUGGCGUCGCCGCCGUACUUCACGCCGCCGCUGACGCCGUCGUUUUGCGAGGGGGAGAGCCCCUUCUGGGAGUGCGCGGAGUUCCGGCGGCGGGCCAGCCCGCCGCCGGCGUUCAAGUUCUUGAGGGACGCGGAGGAGAAGAUGGCGAUGAGAGAGAGAGGUGAUGAGAGGGAAAGUGAGGGAAAUGGGCAGUUUAUUACAUUGGUGAUUGAUGAGAAGGAUGAAGGGAGAGAUGGGAUUGGGAUCAAGAAUUGUAGUUUGGAAGAAGAUGAGUGUUUUUCUUCAUCAAGAUUUUCAUCACAGAGGUAGUGGUUUUUUUUUUUUUUUUUGAAUGUAAAAUUAUUUAAUUUUUUUUUAAUCAAUUUUUUUGUUUCUCACUUCCCACCUCCUUGGCUUGAGUUCUUGCCUGUUUUGGUUAUGAAUGUUGAAUAGAGAUUAAUCUUUUUUUUUUUUUAAUGUAAUGUUGGUGUGCUAAUUUUUGGUUCUACUUCUUUUGGGAAACAUGUGGAACUUAGAUGGAUUUUUGAAGAAUAUUGUAAUGUACAUUUAUGUUAAUAAUUUUGCAGUUAGUUCA